AUUUCUAUUUCUAGUUCCAUCGUAUUCUGACGCCAGCUCAAGUUACCCCGCAAGUUGUACGCGAAAUACUUUAAAUACGUGAAACGAAAAACAUGUCGCUGUCGAGACCAAUUUACAAUUUGCUCGGUUCAUAUCUGGAGCAGCUCUUUGAGCAUCCACUUCGUACAAAAGCCAUAACCAGCUGUGUCAUCGCUUCGUCCGCCAAUCUCGUAUCUCAAAAGCUAGCCGGUGCAAAGGAGCUCAAUACAGACUCGGUGGUGGCGUAUGGUCUUUUUGGAUUAAUAUUCACAGGACCGCUGUCGCACUUUUUCUACAGUUGGCUCGAUCGUGUCACGAACGAUACGCGCUUUAAGAAGGUGCUGAUGCUAUUAGGAGAGCGAAUGCUGUUCGCUCCGGCUCUGACUGCUCUGUCGCUGUACUUCAUCUCACGCUUCGAAUAUAAAAGCCACGAUGAAGCAUUUGUCAAUCUCGUUACGCUGUUCCGUAGUGUUCUGCGGGGCAACUUGAAAUUUUUGACGCUGCCCGUAUUCAUCAACUUCAACUACGUUCCACCGAUGCUGCGCGUCCUCUUUGCGAACAUCAUUGGUUUUUGCUGGAUCGUGUUUCUGUCCACCAAGCGCAGGAAAGCAGAACAACGUCGUCAAGCCGCUUUGACAGGGAAAAAAAGUGAACCUUCAUCAUAAAAUCUUCUCCUGGGCUCGACACGGACAAACGAUGAUUCGAACAUCUCGAGACGACGACGACGUAUAAAGAAUUG